UUUUCCAUCAAAUAGUAUUGUCACAUUUAGCGUUUUAUGUCAAAAAAUUAUUUUUAUAUUGAGAAAAGGACACUAUUGCAAUUUGAACCCAGUUUAGAGUAAAAUGAUACAAAAAAUAGUCUAUUAGGGUUCCAUAAAAUUACCAAAAUAUGUAGAAAUGCCUAUUUUUAUCAUUUUAGUCCAUCCCAUAAAAAUAGGCAUUUCUAUGUAUUUUUGAUAAUUCUAAAGUUCAAAUUACACACUCAGACAAUCAAUGUAACGCAGAUUACAUAAAAUACCAAUUGACAUAUAUUGUCAAUAUGCGAAUUAGCAUUUCUAUGUGUAAUUGGAAGUUUGAACUUUGGAACAAGAUUAAUAAAAAAUGUUUUACGUGGUUGUAAAAUUGAACAAUACUUCAACUGCAAUCUAAUAAUUAUUCCUUUCGUUAGCCAUCAAAACAUAAACUCCAAAGAGAGAGAUACUUUGCUUGUAGUGGUGUAAAAACUUCUUAUUUCUCACUCUUUAUUCAUACUAACCUCAUCAACUAGACCCCCAAAAAUCUUAAAACAAACCCUUCCACUUUUCAUCUCUCCCUAAAGCCGACGAUAAAAACCAAUUCUUGCCAGAAAAUGGGGCAGUCCCUCAACAAAUCAGAGAAGGAGAAGGAAAUCGAACCCGUGAUCCUCAAUCACUACGACAAAUACUUCAGCAACACCAAGGAUUGGAACUACGCAGAUUUCUACCAUGCAGUUUGCCAAAUAGUCGAAGAAAUUAACAGAACUAUAGGCCGACCUCAGUUUAAGGUGCAAGAGAAGAGCAAGCUCCAACAAACCUAUAACAAACACAGGGGGGGCGAGGGGACACCGUUGAAAAAGGAACAGUUUCAGAAGAUUUUGAAAGAAGUGAUUCUUGACACAGGGGUUACCAACAUAGGAGGAGCAAAGGAUAUGUUCUUUUACCUGUAUGGAGUGCCUGCGGCAGCCUUGUUCUUAAAGCAACGUCUGGCUCCGAAACUUAUCCCAAAUGAAGUUCUCAUCCCUGUUGUCACUUCUGCUACAGUCUUCCUUCUGGCAAAGCUCAACAAACUAUAGUAAUUCCAACAGCUUCUUCUUAUCACAUUGUAUUUCUCAAGCAGCUAUAUUCUUGAAAUAUCUUGGUCGGAAAUAGAGUUUGUGUCCAACCCAAUGAACAAGGUGCUUCAAGACCAUUCGUUGUACCAUCACAAUCAAAAGACAUUAAAACAUAAAGGAAAGAGAUAUGUAUCAAAUUAUCAA